GAGGCGCUCCGCAUUAAAGUUUGUCUUCAGGAAGAAACUAUCCUUCGCUUCUCCCUCGCUUCUUCCCACCCGGUCCUCGUCCCACCUCUCCCCUAUGAACCCGGAGGCGGGGAAGUGAGCGAAACCCUAACUCUAACGCGCCCCCAAAUCGCUCCACAAUGCUCGAUCAUUUCCCCCAAGUUUUCUGAUGGCAUCAGAAUGCUGUGUAAUCUCGUGAGCUCCUGAGGUCAAAGGGGGACUGAGAUUCAGUUCUUGGUCCCCUGCGUAUGAUUAAACCUCCAGUCGACGCCAUUCAGAAUGAGUGUGGAACGCUUUAGUAGCUCAUUUCUCGGAUCCCCACUUGAAGCGCAGUCGAAGCAUGGAAACGGAUGCAUAUUUCCUGAUCUCUUUAGAGGAAAAUCAAAUGCUCAAGCUUCCUUUCAUUUCUUACUUCCCGGACAGAAUCAUAAAUGGUUUACAGGAAGGCAUUCUCCAGUUUCCAGAAAUAGAAGUAGAAAUUCUGGUCUACCAAUGAAGAAAUUGGGCUCAAGAUGUAAUUUCCGAGUUCACUGUAUGAAGGAGUCCUUCCCUAGGACCAGGGCAAUGAUUAGAUCGUUUCUUCCUCUUUGGAAAGAGGGCUUAUUUUUGGUCAGAUGCUCUGUUUUCCUCGCCGUCGUUUCUGCUGCAGGAAUGCUUGUUUGGUACGCUCGGCUCAAAGCAAGGAGCUUUGUAGAGACCCAGCUCCUUCCUUCCGUUUGCUCAAUACUUAGCGAAUAUCUUGAAAGAGAGCUUGAUUUUGGUAAGGUGCGUAGCAUCUCACCUUUGGGUAUAACCCUUCACUCAUGUUCGAUCGGGCCCCACCGCGACGAAUUUUCUUGUGGGGAGGUAUCGAGCAUGAAGAUUCGUAUCCGCCCUUUUGCAAGUCUACGGAGAGGGAAAAUUGUUGUAGAUGCUGUUUUGUCCCAACCUUGUCUUUUGGUUGCACAAAAGGAAGAUUUUUCCUGGCUGGGUAUUCCUUCACCUUCGGAAAGUGGUUUUCAGAGGCGCCAUUCUUCUGAAGAAGGAAUUGACUACAGGACGAAAACCAGAAGGCUUGCUAGAGAAAAAUCAGUCAUCAAUUGGGCCACAGAGAGGACUAAAGCAGCAGAGAGAGCUGCAGAGAUGGGUUAUGUUGUUCCUGAAGAGAAUUCAGUAUCUUUUUCAACAGAUGAGAAGGUUGAUCGUGGUUCCGUUGAGUCUACUCGAAGGAGUUCAUUCUUUUUCAUGGAUCAAGACAUUCACUUGAAGGACCAUCACUGCACAGAUAAGAGGAUUGAGUAUGGCUCAAAUCAUGCCGAUCUGGAGAAGUCUUUUGGAGUCAAAAGUCGUGGGCCCGGAAUCAAAUUCUGGUCUCGUAUGAUACCUUAUUCAGUGAGGCACAGCUUCAAGCAAAACUCUCACAAUAAAGUGAUUUCUGAAAGUAUGAUUACUAUUAAAGGAAGGACCCUUAAGCGUAGUGCGCUUGCUGCUUUAUCCUAUUUUCGGGGUUCAGAUGGUGAAAAUUCCAGCAAGUCUUUCCCUGAGCAGGGAAAAGAUUGUCAAGGUGAAGGUUAUGCAGAGGAUGGCAUAGUUGAUAGAAAUGAGGGAUCAGCAAAGAUUGAUGAUCAGUCUUUGCCCUUAGGUGCCAAUAAUUUAAUUCCCAUGGAUAAAGGGGAUGCUCAAAUACACAUACCAAUCGGAAAAAUUGAGGAUACAUCAAUUGAAAAAUUGAGAAUUGAGGAUAUUUUCAAAACUAGAAGCAUAGCAGGUCCGCAUGUCAAUGAAGAUCUUGAUGAAGAUCAUCAUAGUACUGGGCUGACAUAUGAUAACUCGCGUGGCACUUCUAACUGCAAUCCACAUAUCUCAGAUAGUGAGGAACUGACUGAUCAUGUUGAGGGACAACAUGAUCAUAUACUGGACAAUGUUGAGAAUGGUUCUGAAGAUAGUAGCAGUCUUCAUUACCAAGGAUUUAAUCUUCGAAAAUUCGGGACAUGCUCACAAAUGCACCAGUCAAAAUUAUUUUGGUCAAUAAAACUCAAACCUGGAUUUAUUAGGUUUCCCAUUUCUUUCAAUGAACUUUUAUCAGACCAUCUGGCAGAUCAGAUUCAGAAGCUGAAGUCAUACUUGAGUAUAAAAGCUGAAGAUCUCUCUGCUGAACUUGCAGAAGGGAUAAAUGAAGUUCAUUCCGAAGGCAUUGAUAGGGCCCUUCCAAUUACGUUGGAUUCUGUUUAUUUCACUGGUGGGACACUAAUGCUGCUGGGAUAUGGUGACCAAGAGCCCAGAGAAAUGGCAAACGUAAGGGGCCAUGUGAAGUUUCAAAACCAUUACAGUAGAAUUCAUGUGCAGCUUAGUGGUCACUGUAUGGAGUGGAGAUGUCAACGUACUUCCCAGGGCGGAGGCAGACUAUCAGCAGAUGUUUUUGUUGAUAUUCUUGAGCAAAAAUGGCAUGCCAAUUUGAAUAUAGCAAAUGCUUUUGCUCCGCUGUUUGAGCGGAUAUUAGAGAUUCCAGUCACAUGGCAUGAAGGAAGAGCUACUGGUGAGGUUCAUAUCUGCAUGUCAAAGGGUGAUACGUUUCCAAACCUUUAUGGUCAACUUGAUGUGCGAGGGCUCUCAUUUCAGAUAUUAGAUGCUCCUUCUUACUUUUCGGAGUUAUCUGGGAAUUUGUAUUUUCGUGGUCAAAGGGUAUUUUUGCACAACACAAGUGGUUUGUUUGGUGAUGCUCCUCUGGAGGCUUCUGGUGACUUUGGCAUUAAUCCUGAGGAUGGAGAGUUUCAUUUAAUGUGCCAGGUUCCAUGUGUCGAAAUAAAUGCACUUAUGAGGACUUUAAAAAUGAGACCGCUGUUGUUUCCGUUGGCUGGCUCAGUUACUGCUAUAUUCAAUUGUCAAGGUCCUCUAGAUGCCCCUAUUUUUGUGGGAAGCGGAAUUAUGCCAAGGAAAUUUCUUUCGGCUUCUACCAUGCCCCUAUCUUCUGCAUCCGAAUCUGUAAUGAGCAAUACAGAGGCUGGUGCGGUGGCAGCAUUUGAUCGUAUUCCUUUCACACAUGUAUCAGCCAAUUUUACCUUCAAUCUUGAUAACUGUGUUGCUGAUUUAUAUGGCAUUAGAGCGAGACUUCUUGACGGAGGAGAAAUUCGAGGGGCCGGUAAUGCAUGGAUUUGCCCUGAGGGCGAAGUUGAUGAUACAGCAAUGGAUGUUAAUUUGUCUGGGAACAUUUUACUUGAUAAAGUAUUGCAGAGAUACAUGCCUGGAGGUGUUCCACUGACAGCACUCAAGAUUGGGGAGCUUAAUGGAGAGACUAGAGUAUCUGGUCCUCUUUUGAGACCGAACUUUGACAUAAAGUGGGCUGCACCAAAUGCUGAAGACUCGUUCACUGACGCACGUGGAAACAUUAUUAUAUCACAUGAUUAUAUUGCUAUCACUUCAUCAUCAGUUGCCUUUGACUUGUAUGGUCAAAUACAAACAGCUUAUCCCCGUGAUUACUGGCUACACAGUGACAUAAAAGAUAUUAAAAGAACCAUGCCUUUAUUUAUUGAAGGAGUUGAUUUGGAUUUACGAAUGCGAGGGUUCGAGUUUGCUAGCUUUAUAACUUCUAGCCCUUUUGAUUCCCCACGCCCUUUGCAUUUAAAAGCCACUGGAAAGAUCAAGUUUCAAGGAAAAAUUUUCAAAUCACUCAAUAACAUUGAUGAGAAGUUAUACAGUUUUGUAAAGAAUUCAUUAGAGCAUAAUAUGGUUGAUAAUGAUGUACCGAGACUUAUCGGGGAGAUCUCUUUAUCGGGAAUAAAGCUUAAUCAACUUAUGUUGGCACCGCAGCUGUCUGGUUUUCUUUCUCUAGGACAUAAUGGUUUGAAGUUGAAUGCUACUGGAAGACCUGAUGAAAAUUUGUCAGCAGAAGUUAUUGGACCAUUUUGGUUAAGCACAGAGCAGAUGGCUGAAGACAGAAGAUUUGUUUCUAUUUCUCUUCAAAAAGGGCAGCUACGAGCAAAUGCCUACUAUAAUCCUCAAAAUUCAACUAAUUUGGAGGUGCGGAACCUACCACUUGAUGAAUUGGAGCUUGCAUCUCUUCGUGGAAAUAUUCAAAAGGCUGAGGUUCAACUUAACUUUCAAAAAAGGAGGGGCCAUGUGCAGUUGUCGGUGCUUCAUCCCAAAUUCAGUGGUGUGCUAGGUGAAGCCCUUGAUGUGGCUGCCCGAUGGAGUGGUGAUGUUAUUACUAUAAAAAAAUCUGUCUUAGAACAAGCUAGUAGCCGAUAUGAGCUUCAAGGGGAGUACGUAUUGCCUGGAAUACGUGACAGAUAUCCCACAAACAAGGAGAGGGAUAGGUUACUAAAGAAGGCAAUGGCUGGGCAUCUUGGUAGCAUAAUUUCCUCAAUGGGGAGGUGGCGGAUGAGACUGGAAGUUCCUUUUGCUGAAGUCGCUGAGAUGCUUCCCCUGGCCACUCUUCUUUCUCGUAGCAUUGACCCUGCUGUUCGUUCUAGAGCCAAGGAACUUUUUAUGCAAGCUCUGCAAUCUGUUGGAUUUCACGCUGAAAGCCUUCAUGACCAGCUAAAGGCAAUACAAAACCACCAUGAUUGGCUAGAUGACAAUAUCUACGAGGACAUUGUUCUUCCUGGCUUGUCCGAACUCAAAGGUCGCUGGCAUGGCUCUCUUGAUGCUAGUGGAGGAGGCAAUGGAGAUACAAUGGCGGAUUUUGACUUUCACGGAGAGGAUUGGGAGUGGGGAACUUAUAAGACCCAAAGAGUAUUGGCAUCUGGUGCAUAUAGUAACAACAAUGGUCUGCGACUUGAAAAGUUAUUUAUCCAGAAAGAUAAUGCUACUCUUCACGCUGAUGGAACCUUGCUAGGCCCAGUCUCGAAUCUUCAUUUUGCUGUACUCAACUUCCCGGUUGGUCUCGUACCAACUCUGGUACAGAUAAUAGAAUCUUCAACAUCAGACUCAAUGCAUUUCCUACGGAAUUGGUUAACACCCAUAAAAGGUAUUCUUCACAUGGAAGGAGACCUGAGGGGCACUCUUGCAAAACCAGAAUGUGAUGUUCAAGUAAGAUUAUUAGAUGGCACUGUAGGAGUAAUAGAUCUUGGUCGAGCUGAAGUAGUGGCUUCGAUAACCUCCACAAGCCGCUUUUUAUUUAAUGCUAAUUUUGAACCCAUACUGCAAAGUGGGCAUGUUCAUAUUCAGGGAAGUGUUCCUGUGACUUACAUUGGAAUUGAUUCUCAUGAAGAAAUUGAUAAAGAGAAGGAUAGUGGAAAAGCAAUUAUACGUAUCCCUGCUUGGACGAAAGAAAGUGAGAGAGGAUCUUCUGAUGAAAUUGUUGAAAAGAAGUCUGUGAGAGAUAAGACUGAAGAGAGUUGGGACUUACAACUAGCAGAAAGUCUCAAGGGUUUGAAUUGGAACAUUUUAGAUGCUGGUGAGGUACGAGUUAAUGCAGAUAUUAAGGACGGGGGCAUGAUGUUGUUAACAGCUUUGUGUCCGUAUGCAAAGUGGCUUCAAGGUUAUGCUGAUAUUAUCCUUCAGGUCACUGGCACUGUCGAGCAGCCUGUCGUUGAUGGAUCUGCAUCAUUUCACCGUGCAUUUGUUUCUUCUCCUUUCCUUCGAAAGCCACUGACAAAUUUGGGGGGUACAAUUCAUGUUGUAUCUAAUAGAUUAUGUAUCAAUUCUAUGGAAAGCAGGGUAAACAGAAAGGGUAAAUUGUCACUCAAAGGGAACUUGCCUCUCAAAAGUAGUGAGUCAUCCUCCAGUGAUAAAAUUGAUUUGAAAUGUGAAGUCCUAGAAGUUCGAGCUAAGAAUAUUUUGAGUGGCCAAGUAGACAGCCAACUGCAAGUUAUGGGCUCCAUAUUGCAGCCAAAUGUAUCUGGAAUGAUUCAAUUGAGCCAUGGUGAAGCAUAUGUGCCUCAUGAUAAGGGGAAUGGCAAUGUUACUAAUAGAUUGGACUCGACAAAGUCUAGCUUUCCUUCUCCUGGUUAUAGCCGAAUGAUACCGUCAGGGAGUUUUUCACGCUUCUUGGGAUCAUCACCUACUGCAGCGGAUAAUAAAUGGCCUCAAACUGCUGGUCAACAAACAGAAGUAGAGAGGAACAUUGAGCAAGCUAAUAAUAAAAUGGGCAUUGAUGUUCGGCUCACUGAUUUAAAGUUAAUUCUGGGACCAGAGCUGAGGAUAGUGUACCCUUUAAUUCUUAAUUUUGGUGUUAGUGGUGAGCUCGAGCUUAAUGGAUUGGCUCAUCCAAAGGGCAUAAGACCUAAAGGGAUUUUGACUUUCGAAAAUGGAGAAGUCAAUUUAGUUGCUACCCAGGUUAGACUCAAACGCGACCAUCUGAAUAUAGCUAAGUUUGAGCCUGAUUUUGGUUUAGACCCCAUCCUGGAUUUAACAUUAGUUGGGUCUGAGUGGCAACUCAGGAUCCAAAGUCGGGCUAGCACAUGGCAGGAUAAUAUUGUGGUGACGUCUACACGUUCUGUGGAUCAGGAUGUUCUUUCACCUUCUGAGGCUGCGAAGUUUUUUGAGAGCCAGUUAGCAGAGUCUCUGUUGGAAGGUGAUGGGCAGCUUGCAUUCAAGAAGCUUGCAACUGCAACGCUCGAAACCUUGAUGCCGAGAAUAGAAAGCAAGGGAGAAUUUAGGCAGGCACGGUGGCGGCUAGUCUAUGCUCCACGAAUCCCAAGUUUACUCUCUGUGGACCCAACCGUUGACCCCCUAAAGUCCCUUGCCAACAAUAUUUCUUUUGCCACAGAGGUUGAAGUGCAGCUCGGAAAACGUCUUCAGGCCUCGGUUGUUCGACAGAUGAAAGAUUCAGAAAUGGCCAUGCAAUGGACUUUAACUUAUCAGCUAAGCAGCCGCCUUCGAAUUCUUUUCCAAUCCACCCCGUCGAAUCGCCUUCUUUUUGAGUACUCUGCAACAUCUCAGGACUAGGUAAACUUAAUUCUGCAGCCGGAGUGCCGAGGAUCUGGUGGCUAGGUAAAUUUACCUGUCAGUUUGUGUAUAUAUUUUACUUGCAUCUACUGUAAAUCAAUUUGUUGUAUGUGUAGUAAUAUUCUUUUUGCCUGAACUAGCAAGUUUGUACAUAACUCGUGAUUCAAUCUUAAUCGUUCCACAAAAAAAAAGUAGAAUUCUAUACAGCAGGGCCUAGGAUUAUGGCAUUUUUACUA